AUGGAUAUUUCACAGGCUCAUCUACCUCUAGAGGUGAUUGUCGUCGGUGCCGGUAUUGGCGGCAUGGCAGCAGCUCUGACAUUAGGACUUCGAGGACACCAUGUCGUGAUUCUGGAAGCUGCCCCCAAGCUCAUGGAAGUGGGAGCAGGCAUCCAAGUCUCUCCAAAUAUGCUCCGUCUCUUUGACCGAUGGGGCGUCUCGGACCUAAUCCACGCCCAAGAUGUAGCUCUAGAGCACAUCCACGUCCGCAGAUGGGAAGAUGGCUCCCUGCUCGGCACAAUGCCUGUGAACAAAACCUACGGGCAGCAAGUAGUAAUUCACCGGGCCGAUCUGCACAAUGCCAUCAUCGAGAAAGCACUGGCUCUGCCAAAUGUGGAACUACGGGUGAACUCACCAGUAUCGGAGGUAUCCUUUGACCCAGCAAGCGUGACACUGUCAAACGGUACGGUUAUCAGAGGUGAUAUCGUGAUCGGAGCAGAUGGGAUCAAAUCCACCAUCCGGGCUCAUCUUCUCGACGAUUCUUCCUUAAAGGCUGUUGCAACCGGUGAUGCGGCGUACCGGAUCAUGUUGCCCAGAGAGAUCAUGGUCAAGGACCCUGAGCUCAAGAGUCUUAUUGAACAGCCCGAGGCGACACGUUGGCUUGGUCCGAAUAGGCAUAUUAUUGCCUAUCCGGUGCGAAAUCAUCAACUGUACAAUGUUGUUCUUCUUCAUCCUGAUGUGCUGGGCUCAGAGGAGUCGUGGACCACAAAGGGUUCGAAGCAGGCCAUGGUUGACAACUAUGAUGGAUGGGAUAGCAAGGUACGGAAACUUAUUGAUCUCGUCGAUGACGAUGAGGUUUUGGAGUGGAAGUUGUGUUUGCAUCGGCCUUUGAAGACUUGGAUUCGGGGGUCUGUUGCUUUGAUUGGUGAUGCUUGUCAUCCGAUGCUUCCAUACGUCGCUCAAGGCGCCGCCCAAGCUGUCGAAGAUGCUGCUGCUCUGGGAAUUCUGCUCUCGAGCAUAACAUCACGAGCGGAGAUCCCAUUGGCACUGAGUGCAUAUGAACAGUCUCGCAAAGAGCGCGCCGAGACAGUUCAGCAGUCCGGUUCAGAGAACCGGAUCACGUUGCACCUCCCAGAUGGCCCUGAACAGGUUGCCCGCGACGCGCAGUUCCUUGCCUCAGCGAGCGGCGAGAAUCCUGAUAAAUGGUCUGAUCGCAGGACACAGGAGUUCCUGUGGGGCUGGGAUGCUGAAAAGGAGGCUUUGACGACUUGGGCUGAAAUGGAGCAGGGAAAGGCUCGGCCUAACCUUUGA